AUGAUGCGGAGAAAAGAAGUAUACACAAACAUCACACCCAUCCCCUCCUGCGUCCCACGCCAACUAGCCCUCGACAUCCUCCACAGCCAUGGCGAAAUAAUCACGCUAAACCCCCUCGUCCUCACCCACAACCCAAUAAGAGCCCCCCGGGACGCCAGCGCAGACGAAUAUUACUCAACAUGGUACGAGAUCACCGAGCGCGUACAAUACAUCCCGGGGCUGGGCAAGAUAGGCUCUGGAAAGAUCAGCUUCAAAGGCUGUUUCCAGAAUGAGGCGUGGGGUCUUCAGACGCACAUGUACGCGCCGAUGGGUAUCGACUUGCAAAGCAAAUGGCGCAUCGGCGGCACGCAAGCCGACGAGCCCUCGCCCUCGGGGCACGAGCAGCAGCACCCCGACGCCCCGCAGACCGGCUUGUAUCUGCGUGAGGACAUCGCGAUCGAAUGUAACCGCACGCUAAUCAGCUUCGUCCGGAACCAGUUAAAAGCCGCGUCCAAAAUUCUCGUCGACCGACUGAUCAAGAAAGCGGAACUACUGGACGCGGGCGUGCUCGAGGCUAUGAUGGAAGACGGAAAGCUGAAGACGUUCAAUCCGGCUGAUCGCUCCAGUAGGCCGCUGCGGGUGUCGGGAUCAACCCGCUCGCGCAGAUACUCUGAUCAGAUGUCUAUGUCUGCGGGGUCGGAGCCUAGAUCGCCGGCAGGGUCGGAGUACGGACCUGCUUGGCCGCAGAAUUAUACCAUGCCGCUGCCGAGAUAUGGGGAUGAGGCGCGGAAGAGCGUGGCUGUGGAGUUGCCGGCGGACUUUUAUCAUCCGGGGCCUGGCUCUGAUAAUGUUCAGGAAAUGGCGGAUUCGAGUAAUCGGUACUCUAAGGCGGGGAUGGAUAAGGGAUGCUCGGAAUUGCCUGCCAUGGAGGAAGUUUCUGAAGAGCGGGAGAAGGACAGCUUGCGAUAUAUCCCGUAUCGACCCAAGGGGUAG